UCCCUGGCGCCCAGGGCCGUACGCAAAUAUACGGCCCGCCACGACCAAAUAAAUAAAAGCUUUGUUAAUUCGUUAAAAAGUCGGCCCGAAUUAAAUGUCGAAAUCGAACCCGAUUUAAAUAACGAAAAUAACGGAAAUAACGGACCCGAAAACACCGAAAAUCCCACCCCCAGCCCCAACGGCCACACUAAUACCGGAAACCUUUUUACAACCCCUAUUCGCUCCGGGACCCGUACCGGCCAAAACGGUCUUAGGGCGGAUUUUACCGUUAUUAACGGCGUAUCCAAAUAUUAUUACGACGUGCAAAUCGUUGCAAUUAAUAAGGAUUCCGGGAAUAUAAACCCGUUAACCACGUUAACCGACGCAAUAAAUAACAAACGACGGAAAUACCAAUUUUUGGACCCUUUUUUCCACCCAAUUAUAAUAAGCGCCGGAGGCCUUAUGGAAAAGGAUACAACACAGGCUUAUAAACAGCUCCAAAAAUUAAUAGAUCCUGUUGCAGCCCAUUGGUUGGAUACGUCGAUUUCGUUAAUUUUAUUACGGUCUAGAACGACAGCAGCAUUUUCGAUUAUUAAAGACCGGCCUCGUACGUAA